CUUUGGCCAAACAUUCCGUUUGCAGUUCACAAGAGGUACCUACCUAGGUAACCACUCAAUUCAUACUUCCAUUUCCGCGACAAUGAGUUCCUUCUUUAAAAAGGACAAGUCGCCCACGCCUGGCCCUGCGUCGCCAGCCAGAAAGGACAAAUCGCCCACGCCUGGCCCUGCGUCGCCGACGGGAAAGGACAAAUCGCCUACGCCUAUUCCAACGUCUCCAGUACACAAUGAGCCUUCGGAGCCUGUCGCCCUUAUGGCCGGUUCCCAUUGGGGCCAGCAGGAAUUAGUGGAUGAAGACAAUGACUCGACCUUGGGAGUUGACACGGAAAGCUCGACCGCCUCGAUCGCUUCCAGCAUCUUGCACUACCGUAAUGUCCUAGGACGAACCUACCACAGCGAUUCUGUGACUGACGGAGAGUACUGGGGCCCUAAUGAUGACAAGGCAAAUGAGUUGCUGGACAUCAUGCACGCGGCCAUGGUUAUGUUGUUCGAUGGAAAGCUGUAUACGUCUCCGCUCAAUGAUAAGGAGAUUAAGAAUGCUAUUGAUAUCGGUACCGGCACUGGAGUCUGGGCCAUCGACUUUGCGGACGAUCAUCCCAACUGCAACGUAAUUGGCACCGACAUUUCCCCUAUUCAACCUAGCUGGGUACCUCCAAACGCCAGCUUCGAGAUUAACGAUGCAUCCAGGGAGUGGACCUACCAUGAGAAUCAUUUCGACUUCAUCCACAUUCGCUGGCUCACCGGGGUUAUCAGGGAUUGGGAUUACCUGUAUCAGGAGGCUUACCGGUGCUGCAAGCCAGGCGGCUGGAUCGAACACGUUGAUACCGACGCUGAUUUUCUCUGCUAUGACGAGACGAUGCCUCAUGAUUCCGCUAUGGCCCAAUGGGGUCCCAUUUGGAGAGAGGUUCAGCGGAAGACCGGGCUUAACGUCAUGGUAGUUUCCUCCGGCGCGAUGGAGAACGGAAUGAGGAAGGCUGGGUUCACCAACAUUACGACCGAGGAUCACUAUGCUCCCCUCGCGCCCUGGUCUGAUGACCCAAAGUUGAAGCAGGUGGGCCUCUACCAGUCUGCGGCGAUGACACAUGACAUUGAGGGCUUUCUUGUCUAUUUCAUGCCCAACUACCUGGGGUGGACCCCGAAGGAGAUUGCGAACUUUGCGGCUAUUAUUCGCAAAGAGUUCAGGGAAGCCAAGAUCCAUUCGGUCGUGAAGUGGCACGUGGUGAGGGCUCAAAAGCCGCUGGAUGCUUAGUGUACUGCCUCUAAAUUGGAUAUAUAACCGACAGGAGGCCAUGCCGAACGCGCGGGUGGGUGUUCUUGUUGUCAAUGUGAAUAUCUCGGAAAAUAACUGUACACGUAUCACUCUACCUUUGGUCAUCAAUGUGGCCAGUAUCUUAUCUCCCUGCCUGAAAUAACGACUUGGAUAUACCUACAUAUUCCCCC